AUGGGAGCACUUGAAACGAUCAAAUUUCGGGAUUGCAAAUCCACAUUCAAAGUCGAUCGAGUGGCUGUUGAUGGAGCACGGGUGGAUUCGAAAGACGGGAAACAGAUCCUCAUUUUCAAGGCCGACUCAAACCCGAAAAUGCAGAUCACAUUCACGCCAAAUGCCGAUGUUUCGUCGGAGAUGGGCACUGCGGUGAACGCGAAAAUGGACACCGGUUUGUUCAAAUGGAGUCUACCCGAUGCGAACGCGUGUAGUUUUAUGACAUGCCCAUUGAAGAACGGCGUUUCGACGACAUAUGAACAGAGUUUUCAUCUCAAAGCUGAGUAUCCAAAGGAUCAAACGAUCCAAGUGAAUUGGGUGAUUCAAAAAGCCGGCGGUGACACGAAAGAAAAUUGCAAGUCGAAUUUCAAGGUGAUCUCUUUGGAAAUCGCUGGCGCUGAGAUGAUCGAAGAAAACGGUCACCACAUCACUCUCCUCAAAAAGGGAACUCAUCCAAAAAUUCGGAUCCGAUUUGAGCCAGACGUGAACUUGUCAAAUUUGAAAACGGAAGUGAACGCGAAAAUGGACGGAGCGCUUUUGAGAUGGAAUAUGCCUGAGACAAAUGCUUGCAAAUUCAUGGAUUGCCCACUUGUUGAAGGAGAGGAAACCGUUUAUGAGCAGAGCAUUCAAAUCAAGAGUGAAUAUCCAACGGGUAAAACGAUUCAAGUGAAUUGGGUGAUCGACGCAAAGAUGUUUUCCAUUCGAUUUUCGUCAUUUUUGGCAGUUUCCCUUCUUCAAAUUGUCACCUCAGAUUCGAUUGAACAAGACCAUCAAAGGAUACGCAAAAGUCCUUUGGCUGACUACUCGGAUGCCAUUCAGCCGUUCAUCCGUUUCCGACGAGCCGGCGAUGAACUUGAUGAGGGAAAUCUACAGCAUUUCUUGCGAUUUAGAAAAUCGGCUUCAUCACCCGAUUUCAUCGACCAUUUCAUUCGUUUCCGAAGGAGCGGAGGUGACGAGAAUCUUCAGCCAUUCCUUCGUUUCAGACGUCAAUUCGACGAUUUGCACCCGUUUUUGCGCUUUCGGCGAUCCGUUGAUGUCGAUCAACAAAAAGGCGUUCAACAACAAGAAAUGAACCAACAAAAGCUUCGACCCGAGCGUUCGUGG